CGGCCGGCGUGAUCCGGAGGGGGAAAGAUGGCGGACACUUUCGGCGACGAGCUGUUCAGCGUGUUUGAGGAAGAUUCUGCCGCCGCGUCGUCUGAGGCGAAGAAAACGAAGGGGGUGGUCGCUGCCGCUGCGGGCAAGGCUGGGAAACGAUCAGAUGGCAAAUCUCCAUCAUCUGCUAAAAUCCCCACAAAACCAAAGAGAGAUGCAGAAAUUGAUAAUACAGAUAUUAUCAUUUUGGGAAAGAAGCCCAAAUUGGAAGAUUUUACUACAGAUGAUCUCAGUUUGGCAGAUCUGAUGCCAAAAAUAAAGGUGCAAGCUGUUGAAACUGUGGAAGGUUGUACGCAUGAGGUUGCUCUUCCUGCAGAUGAUGACUUCAUAGCCCUAAAACCAAGAACUGGAAAAGCGGCAAAGGAAUAUCCAUUUAUCCUUGAUGCUUUUCAAAGAGAAGCUAUUCUGUGCGUGGACAACAAUCAGUCAGUUUUAGUAUCUGCUCAUACAUCAGCAGGGAAAACUGUUUGCGCUGAAUAUGCCAUUGCCUUAGCUUUGAGGGAAAAACAGCGUGUGAUAUUUACCAGUCCUAUAAAAGCUCUGAGUAAUCAAAAAUAUCGUGAGAUGUAUGAAGAAUUUCAGGACGUUGGCUUGAUGACUGGGGAUGUUACCAUCAACCCUACAGCAUCUUGUCUCGUAAUGACAACAGAGAUUUUAAGAAGUAUGCUUUACAGAGGUUCUGAAGUCAUGCGGGAAGUUGCUUGGGUUAUAUUUGAUGAAAUCCAUUAUAUGAGAGAUGCAGAGCGUGGUGUGGUAUGGGAAGAAACCAUUAUUUUGCUUCCAGACAAUGUUCACUACGUGUUUCUUUCUGCCACUAUUCCAAAUGCUCGCCAGUUCGCUGAAUGGAUCUGUCAUCUUCACAAACAGCCUUGUCAUGUGAUUUACACAGAUUAUCGACCCACUCCUCUGCAGCAUUAUAUCUUCCCAGCAGGGGGAGAUGGACUACACCUCGUAGUUGAUGAAAAUGGAGAUUUUAGAGAAGAUAAUUUUAAUACAGCUAUGCAGGUACUUCGGGAUGCAGGUGACUUAGCUAAAGGGGACCAGAAAGGCAGAAAAGGAGGAACAAAAGGUCCAUCAAAUGUAUUUAAGAUUGUCAAGAUGAUCAUGGAGAGAAACUUCCAACCUGUAAUCAUAUUCAGUUUCAGUAAGAAAGACUGUGAGGCGUACGCUCUUCAGAUGACAAAACUAGACUUCAACACAGAUGAAGAAAAAAGGAUGGUUGAAGAAGUAUUUAAUAAUGCAAUUGAUUGUUUGUCUGAUGAAGACAAAAAACUUCCUCAAGUUGAGCAUGUGCUUCCGCUUCUGAAGCGAGGCAUUGGAAUCCAUCAUGGUGGAUUGCUUCCUAUUUUAAAGGAAACGAUAGAAAUCCUUUUCUCUGAAGGACUGAUAAAGGCCUUAUUUGCAACUGAGACUUUUGCUAUGGGAAUUAACAUGCCAGCACGGACUGUGCUGUUCACAAGUGCCAGGAAGUUUGACGGGAAGGAUUUCCGAUGGAUCUCCUCAGGUGAAUACAUCCAGAUGUCUGGUCGAGCUGGACGUCGAGGCAUGGAUGAUAGGGGAAUAGUCAUUCUGAUGGUGGAUGAGAAGAUGAGCCCAACAGUGGGAAAACAACUUCUAAAGGGAUCUGCUGACCCUCUAAAUAGUGCAUUCCAUUUGACAUAUAACAUGGUAUUGAAUUUGCUGCGUGUUGAAGAAAUUAACCCUGAAUACAUGUUAGAGAAAUCUUUUUAUCAAUUCCAGCAUUACAGAGCUAUUCCAGGAGUGGUUGAAAAGGUAAAUAAGUUAGAGCAGCAGUACAAUGAAAUUGAAAUUCCAAACGAGGAAAGUGUGAUCAUCUACUAUAAAAUCAGACAACAACUUGCUAAGCUGGGUAAAGAAAUUGAAGAGUACAUUCACAAGCCAAAGUACUGCUUGCCUUUUUUACAGCCAGGAAGAUUGGUAAAAGUGAAAAAUGAAGAUGAUUAUUUUGGCUGGGGAGUGGUGGUAAAUUUCUCCAAGAAAUCCAAUGUUAAGCCUAACUCUGGUGAACUGGACCCACUCUAUGUUGUAGAAGUCCUCCUACACUGUAGCAAAGAAAGCUUGAAAAAUUCUGCUACUGAGGCUGCCAAGCCUGCCAAGCCUGAUGAGAAAGGGGAGAUGCAGGUUGUUCCUGUCCUGGUACAUCUUCUGUCUGCAAUCAGCAGCGUUCGACUCUAUAUACCCAAAGACCUAAGGCCUCUUGACAAUAGGCAGAGUGUAUUGAAGUCAAUACAGGAAGUACAAAAACGUUUUCCUGAUGGCGUUCCAUUGCUGGAUCCCAUUGAUGACAUGGGCAUAAAAGAUCCGGGUUUGAAAAAAGUAAUCCAGAAGGUAGAAGCCUUUGAGCAUCGUAUGUAUUCUCAUCCUCUUCACAAUGACUCUAAUUUGGAAACUGUGUACAAACUUUGUGAAAGAAAAGCACAGAUUGCUAUAGAUAUUAAAGCAGCAAAGCGGGAACUGAAAAAAGCCAGGACUGUUUUACAAAUGGAUGAACUCAAGUGUCGUAAACGAGUUCUGAGACGGUUGGGUUUUGCAACCUCCUCUGACGUCAUUGAGAUGAAAGGACGAGUUGCUUGUGAAAUCAGCAGUGCAGAUGAGCUGUUGCUAACAGAAAUGAUGUUCAACGGGCUUUUCAAUGACCUAUCUGCUGAACAAGCUACUGCUUUGCUAAGCUGUUUUGUAUUUCAAGAAAAUUCUAGUGAAAUGCCUAAACUUACAGAACAAUUGGCAGGCCCUCUCCGCCAAAUGCAGGAAUGUGCAAAAAGAAUUGCUAAAGUGUCAGCAGAAGCUAAAUUGGAAAUCGAUGAAGAAAAUUACCUGAAUUCCUUCAGGCCAAACUUGAUGGAUGUGGUCCACACCUGGGCCAAUGGAGCUACAUUUGCUCACAUAUGCAAAAUGACAGAUGUCUUUGAAGGGAGCAUAAUUCGCUGUAUGAGGAGGCUAGAAGAAUUGCUUCGACAGAUGUGCCAAGCAGCAAAAGCCAUUGGAAACACAGAACUGGAAAAUAAAUUCGCAGAAGGUAUUACUAAAAUCAAGAGAGACAUUGUGUUUGCUGCAAGCCUUUACCUAUAACAAGCCCAGGGAUGUUGUGGAACUGGCGUCACCCAUCUGUUCAGCCAUUAAGACUCCACUAAAUAAUCCACUGAAAGCAUAAACGUUAACUGCAAAGGCUGCCACUCGUCUCCCUUCCCCAGCAAGACAGAUGCUUAAAGUG